AUGCCUCCACCGCCCCUUCCGUACCUCCUCCUCCUCUGGACACACGGUCAAGCACCAAGCGACCAAACGCGAGCCGCCUUGAACUCGAAGCAAGCAAGCAACUCGACGCGCUGUGGGUGGUGGCUGGGGCUGGUGACGGCGGCGUGGGUGCAGUGCGUCUCCGGCAACAACUACACCUUCUCCAACUACUCGCACGCGCUCAAGACGCUCAUGGGCCUCACGCAACUGCAGCUCAACGACCUCUCUGUCGCCAAGGACAUCGGCAAGGCGUUCGGCCUCCUCGCGGGGCUGGCGUCCGACCGCGUCCCCAUCUGGCUCCUCCUCGCCGUCGGCUCCCUCGAGGGCCUCCUUGGCUACGGCGCGCAGUGGAUGGUCGUGUCCGGGGCCGUCGCCCCGCUCCCCUACUGGCAGAUCUGCGUCUUCCUCUGCCUCGGCGGGAACAGCACCACGUGGAUGAACACCGCCGUGCUCGUCACCUGCAUCCGCAACUUCCGCUGGAGCAGGGGCCCCAUCUCCGGCCUGCUCAAGGGCUACGUCGGCCUCAGCACCGCCAUCUUCACCGACACCUGCUCCGUGCUCUUCGCCAACGACCCGGCCUCGUUCCUCGUCAUGCUCGCCGUCGUGCCGGCCGCCGUCUGCGCGCUCGCCAUGGUGUUCCUCCGCGAGGGCACCGCCGCUGCGGACGAGGAGGACGACGGGCGCUGCUUCGCUCACACUGCUCCUUCAAGGCGGGACAGGUAG